AACAUGGAAUCAGAAAACCAAACAGUUGUAGCAGAAUUCCUCCUCGUGGGUCUCUCCGAGGAUCCAGAACUGCAGUCCCUCAUCUUUGGACUUUUUCUGACCAUAUACCUGAUCACUCUGCUUGCAAAUCUGCUCAUCAUCCUGGCCAUCGGCUCUGAUUCCCACCUCCACACACCCAUGUACUUCUUCCUUUCCCACCUUUCCUUCACUGACAUCUGUUUCAGCACCACCACAGUCCUCAAGAUGCUUGUGAACAUCCAAAAACAGAGCAAAUCCAUCAGUUACACAGGCUGUCUCACCCAGGUUGGCUUCGUUCUACUUUUUGCAGGCUUGGAAAACUUUCUUCUUGCAACAAUGGCUUAUGACCGUUAUGUGGCCAUCUGCCAUCCACUGAGGUACCUGGUCAUCAUGAACCCCUGCCUCUGUGGCUUGCUGAUUCUACUCUCUCUGAUCGUGAGCACUGCAGAUGCCCUGCUCCACAGUCUAAUGGUGUUGCGACUGUCCUUCUGCACAGACCUAGAAAUUCCCCAUUUCUUCUGUGAGCUUGCUCAGGUCAUCAAACUUGCCUGUUCUGAUACCAUCAUCAAUAACAUCCUGGUAUAUUUAGUGACUAGCAUAUUGGGUGCUGUUCCUCUCCUUGGGAUUAUUUUUUCUUACAUUCAAAUUGUCUCCUCCAUUAUGAAAAUGUCAUCAGCUGGGGGAAAAUAUAAAGCCUUUUCUACCUGUGGAUCUCAUCUCUCAGUUGUUUCCUUAUUCUAUGGCACAGCUUUUGGUGUAUACAUUAGUUCUGCAGUCACCCACUCUUCCAAAAUGACUGCAAGUGCCUCUGUGAUGUAUACCGUGGUCCCUCCAAUGUUGAACCCCUUUAUCUAUAGCCUGAGGAACAGGGACAUGAAGGGAGCCUUGAGGAAACUAAUCUGA